AACUCCGAGGUCGUGAUCUUCAUCGCAGCCGAGUGGUACGAGGGCGAGGGUGGCCCCGGCGAACACAUCAGCCACAUUGCCCACAAGGACGCUCAGGGGUUCUAUGAGGUGACGAUCGACGACAGGUUCCAGUACGGACAGAAGAACAAGAAUGGCGACGCACGCUUCGUCGUCUACCAUGACAAGGGCCGCAAGCAGUAUCAGCACCGGUUCAUCGAGAGUGGCCUGACGUCUGUUGGGACUGAGGUUGCGGUGAAGAUUGCAGGUGUUUUCGGGUACGGCGCUGAGGCCAACAUUGCUAAGGUUGUUGGAGAGGGUGUUACCCAGCGGUGGGAAUCCGCUGUUGUGCCGUUGGACUACGCCGUACCAGAUGGCCCCAAGGCUGGGAUCUCGCUUAUCACAAUCCCGUCGAAGUUCUCCCCUGGCGACGAAACUACAGAGGCCCAAUCCUCUUUAAUCCCGAAAAUGCGCUCCACAGGUGGCCCCGGAGGCUCCGGCAUCGCUCUCGCCCUCAGUCUAGGUGCAAAGUUCCAGAAGCUCGCCAGCGACGAAUAUGAUAUCGUUGGCCACGACCCACGGCGUGUCUCUCCCGUACUUCUCGUCUUAACCCCUGUCUAA